AUGAAGCUAGCCCUUAGGGGAAAGAGCAAGCUUGGAUUUGUAGACGGAAGUUGUGCGAAAAGCAUGUAUCGAGGUAGUACAGUUGCAAAUGAGUUAAUUCUGAUUAUCAUGUUUGCAUCGAGUGCAAAGAAGGUGUGGAAUGACUUCAAAAGGAGGUUUGACAGAUGUAGUCUAACCAGGAUCUAUUAUUUGUGGUCAAAGAUUGCGUCAAUGAGACAAGGUACAGAUUCCGUGACCACGUACUACUUAAAAAUGAAUGAUUUGUGGAGUGAAUUAGACAUAUUAGCACCAAAACAAGGUUGUGAUUAUGAAGAAUCUAGACCUUCUCUUGAACAUUUAUCACAACAGCGUCUGUUACAAUUUCUUAUGGGUCUAAAUGAGAGUUACAGUAAUGUAAGAAGUAAUGUAUUAAUGAAGAGACCUGUAGUCAGUAUAAAUGAAGCCUAUGCUAUAGUGACUCAGGAAGAAAGUCAAAGGGCUUUAGGAGCAUUUGAUGUGAACAAUGAUCCAAUGACUAUGAUGGCAGGGAGGCCACGGUACAACAAAUCUAAGAAAAUUGGAAUAAUAUGUGAACAUUGUGGUUAUAAAGGUCACCUAAAGAAAAAUUGCUAUAAAAUAGUGGGAUAUCCAACAGAUUUUAAGAGCAAGAAGAAGACUCAAGUUGUAGGUGGAGGUAGAACAUUUGUUAACAAUGCAAAUGCAGAAGAUACCAGCAAUUCUGAGGCUCAACCUCAUGGACAUUACCUGACAAAGGAGCAGUACGAGCAACUGAUAGGAUUGCUGAAUAAACCUCCAGGUGCAAAAUGUUUCGCAAACAUAGCAGGUAUUGUUUCAUUGAUGUCCGAUGCCACAGAACAUGAUUGGAUAGUAGAUACAGGUGCUACUCAUCAUAUAACAUGUAAUAAAGAUUUGCUAGAUACUCUUAAAAUCAUAGAUGGAUAUAGAAGUGUACAGUUGCCAACAGGGAAAACUUCAAACAUCACACAUACAGGAAAUGCAAAGAUUCUAGGAAACCAGAAAGUGAAUAAUGUUCUCUAUGUGCCAAAUUUUAAGCUUUAUUUUCUAUCAGUGUCAAAGCUCACCAAAGACCUCAGCUAUUUAGUUGCCUUUUUCCCUGACUUCUGUGUAUUGCAGAGGAUUUACAGUGGCAAGGUAUUGGGAAUUGGUAGAGAACAUGAAAGAUUGUAUAUAAUAAAGUCAAGGGAAGCAGAAAACAAGGCAUUGGUGGCAGGAACAAUUACAAAGAAAAAUGCAGAAACUGUCUUGCGGAAUUACAGAAUGGGACAUGCUCAAAUGAGGCUACAGUUUCCAACUAGUGUUUCAAAUUCAACUGUUGUCUUUCAACUUCUUCAUUUAGAUGUUUGGGGACCAUACAAAGUUCCAACUUGUGGCAGGAAACAUUUGUUAUCUUCUUAUGGCAUUAGUCACCAAACUAGUUGCCCCUAUACACCACAACAAAAUGGAAUUGUAGAAAUAAAGCAUAGGCACAUUCUGGAGGUUGCAAGAGCUUUGAAAUUUCAAAGUGGAGUUCCUAUAAGAUUCUGGGGAAAUUGUGUCAAAACUGUAGUCUAUGUUAUCAAUAGACUACCUACAACAGUCCUGAAAGGAAGAACUCCAUAUGAACUGUUGUAUGGCAAGGAACUUAAGAUAGAUCACUCAAGAGUAUUUGGUUAUCAAUGCCAUUUCACAACCUUGCCCAAGGGUGACAAGGUUGCACCAAAAUCUAGGAAGACGGUGUUCAUUGGCUAUUCAGAGACACCAAAGGGAUAUAGACUGUAUGAUCUUGAAUAA